AUGUCAGAAUCCAAUGACAACCGAAAUCCAGAAGGAACCGAAAAUGGGCAAUUUGCUCGAUUAUUUGCUGAGUUCAUGCGCACCAGCAUCGCACAAAGCCAACAAAUCACAACCACCACACCAAACCAUCCAGAAACCCAAAGAAUCGAUACCUCACCAUUGUUGAUUGGAACCAAACUCAAUGGAGAAAACUACUCACUCUGGGCCAUCCACAUGAUGGCGGCAAUCAGCGGGAGGGGUAUGAUAUCUCACAUUACUGGAGUCCCAACCCCUCCGGCAAGAACCGAUCCCACCUUCAGUAGAUGGCAGCAAGGAGACCACUGCGUAUUCACGUGGUUGAUCCAAAACUUGGAGCAGAAAUUAGUAAAUCGGGUAUCUCAAUACCCAACCGCCCGAGACGUAUGGAAGAGCCUGGAGGUUACGUAUGCAAGCGGCGGCGACAAAAUCCAAGUGUAUGAUCUAUACACAAGAGCAAACAGAUUAAAACAGACAGAUGAAUCAUUGGAGGAUAUAUGGACUAUCCUCAACGAUUUAUGGGUAUCGAUUGAUCAGAAGCAACCCAAUCGAAUGCAAUACCCAGAAGACAUCAAGAUUUACAACAAUGAAAAAGAAGAACAGAGGCUGUAUCAACUACUCGUGGCAUUGAACGACAAGUAUGAGGGAGUCAAGAAGGAAAUACUCAGAUUGGAGCCACUGCCGUCAGUAGAGGUGGCAUACGGAAUCCUCCGGCGAGAGGACACCAGAGCAAGCAUCCUGAAGGCAGGGGAUAACGGGGCUGCACAAGGAGUCGCGGCUGGACUCAUUGCAAGGCAACCAUGGAUCAACCAAUCCGCUCACCGCCCCUCCCCUCACCGAAGCGGCGGCAACGCCGACGGAAAUUGGAACAAGAAAACGGAGGAGGAGAAGCUACGACUCACAUGCACCCACUGUGGAAAGAAAAAGCACACUCGGGACACAUGCUUCGAACUCCACGGCUAUCCAGAAUGGUGGGAGGAGUGGAAAUCAAAGCCACCGCCUCGAGGGGGAAGAGGAAUGGAAGCCGUGGCGAAUGGAGGAGGGGAGCCGGUAGCCGCCGCCAUCGGGGGUAACGCUGAGGCCACGACAUCCCGAGGCAACAACCAGCCGGAGGAGAUUACCCUCAGAACAGUCUCCUUCGCUCACGGUGGAAUCGGAGAGGACACGGCGCAAAUGGGAGGCGGAAAUGGUAGAGGUACACUAGGGUUUGGGGAUUUAUCCCAAAGUCCUAUUACUUUCGGGAAAUUAAUAAAAGCACCCCACCCCAUUAAAUAUCCUCACCUUCAGCCCAAACAAAUCAUAAAUUCCGAAAAGCACCCUACCAGUUUAAAUAUUCCCGAAUCUGCCCCAUUAGUUUGCAAAAAUAAAUUUCAACCACUUGAGAAUUUAUCCGAUAAUUUGCCCACAUCAUAUGCUCUGUCCAUUUCCUCCAGUACAAAAAAUGACAAGUGGAUUUUUGAUUGUGGAGCCACGGAUACUGUAACUUUUGAUAAAUCUGAUAUCUCUAGCAUGCAUAUGGCACCAAAGAGUUAUAUUCAAAAUGCGAACGGAGAGUUGACACCUGUAGUAGGAGCAGGAACUGUCAAAAUUUCACCAAGUUUAACGUUAUCUAAUUGCCUAUAUGUUCCCUCUAUGUCGCAUAAACUGCUCUCGAUUAGCCAUGUGACUAAGGAACUGAAUUGUACUCUCCUAAUGCAACCGAAUUUUUGCCUGUUGCAGGAUAUCAGGACAGGGAAAAUUAUUGGACGUGGCACUGAGUGA